AUGUCACAAUUAAGGAAAAAGGGACCAGAAAUUAUUUUAUAUCCUGAAGAAAAGUAUGUAUAUCAACAAUUAUUUCAAGUAGCUGAUGAAGAGAAAAAAGGUUAUAUCAAAGGAAUACGUGCUACAAAUUUUUUGAGAAAAUCAAAUUUACCUUUAAGUACCUUGAGUAAAAUAUGGGACUUGGCUGAUUAUGAGGAUCGAGGUGUCUUAACAAUACAAACUUUUAUUAUUGCUGUUAAACUAAUUGCUUUAGUUCAAAAUGGUCAAAAGCCUGAUGUGGCUUUAUUAAAAGCUAAGAUACCAUUACCGCAUUUUGAGGAUAUUAACAUAGAAACAGCCUAUAUUAUUGCUGACGAUGAUCGUGAAAAAUAUAAAAAAAUAUUCUCAAGGUUGGAGCAUGGAAAUGGUGACAAGGCAAGAGAAUGUUUUUUGCGAUCUAAAUUAUCAUCAACAACACUCUUUCAGAUUUGGGAUUUAGCUGAUACAAAACAUAGAGGAAGACUUGAUAUUAAUGAAUUUAUCAUUGCAAUGCAUCUAAUAAAACAGUAUAUGGCCAAAAAUAUCAGGGAAAUUCCACAAACUCUUCCAAGUGGAUUUUAUGAACUGGCUGCCAGCGUUAAUCUCGAUGCAUCAUCACCGUCACUUUUUCCAGGAAAUUUAUCAAGUCCUUCAAGUACUCCUAGAAGUGAAAUGUCACCUGCUGUUAAAAAUCCUACUUUAAAUCCAGAUGGAUUUAAUACAAAAUAUGCAUUUAUAGAGGAUUCGUGGGAUGUGACACACCAAGACAAAACAGAAUAUGAUAAAAUUUUUGAUUCUAUUGAUCAGAUGAAACGUGGAUUUUUAACAGGUAGCGAGGCAGCAAAAUUUUUGGUGGAAUCAAAUUUGAAUCAAGAUACACUGGCAACGAUAUGGAGUCUUUCUGAUAUAGAUAAAACUGGAUGUCUUAAUCGUGAAAAAUUUGCUGUCACUAUGUAUUUGAUCCAAAAAACGUUAAAUGGAUUUCCAUUACCAACCACUUUGCCAACAAGUCUUAUUCCACCAUCAAUGCGUCAUACUACUGACAAUCAAUACAAAGCAGCUAGUAAUUUUUUUGAUUUAGAAGAAUCUUCGACUCUUGAACCACAAAUGAUUGACCCGUUUGGUGACACUGAUAUACAUACUGAAAUUGCAAUUGAAAGUAGUGAAAUAAAAAAUUAUGAACCCCAAAUUGAUAUUCAUAUACCUUACGAUAGCUAUUCUACAAGAAAUAGCUCUUACAGCACCACAUCUAAUUGUAAUCACGAUGCAAAUAUAUGUGAUGAGUGUGUUAAUAAAUACAUCGAAAGCGAUUUAAAUGAUAAAGGUAAUAUAAACAUUAAGUGUCCUUUUGCGGGAUGUCAUGUAAUUUUAGAUUGUUAUGAAAUAAAAAAUCUUGUUAAAAAAGAUUUAUAUGAAAGGUAUGAUAAAUUAGCAUUACGUAAAGCACUUCAACAAAUGUCAGAUAUCAGGUGGUGUAAAAAUUCUAAAUGUGGAUCAGCUCAAUCUCAUAUAGGAAGUGACUCUGAGCCAAUAUUAACAUGUGGUGAUUGUGGAACUAAAAGUUGUUUUGUACAUGAUUCAUUAUGGCACGAAGGAUUAACUUGCGAACAGUACGAUGAAGUUGAGAGAAUUAGAAAUGAGGCCACUCAAACCUAUCUAGAACAACAUACCAAGCCUUGUCCUAAAUGUGGAGUAAGAAUUUCAAAGGAUGAAGGGUGUGAUCAUAUGACAUGUAAAGUUCUUGAAUGCAAACAUGAAUUCUGUUGGUUGUAA